AUGAAGAUAAUCCCUUAUGCUUCUGCUAUAGGGAGUCUCAUUUAUGUCAUGUUGUACACUAGGCCAGAUAUUUGUCAUGCGGUAGAGAUUGUGAGCCAUUAUCCAUCUAAUCCAGGUCAAGAGCAUUUGAUUGUUGUCAAAGGGAUCCUUAAGUAUUUAAGGAGGACCAAGGAUUACUUUCUAGUUUAUGAUUGUGAUCAGCUGUCAGUUAUGGGUUAUACAGACUCAGAUUUUCAAACUAACAAAGAUGACAGGAAGUCUACAUCAGGGAUGGUUUUUAUGAUGGGUGGUAGAGCCAUAAUUUGGAGGAAUGCCAAACAAAAGUCGACAGUUGACUCCACAACUAAAGCUGAAUACCUAGCAGCUAGUGAAGCAGUCAAAGAAGGUGUUUGGCUCAAGAAAUUUUUAACUGACCUAAGGGUGGUUCCUGAGCUAGUCAAGCAUCCCAUUCCAUUGUUAUGUGAUAAUAGGGGAGCUAUAGCAUAA